AAGCUUACUCCCUUACAGCAGAAGAUGAUGGCCAAGCUUACAGGAUCGAGAUUCAGAUGGAUCAACGAGCAGCUCUACACAAUCAGCUCAGACGAGGCGUUGAAACUUGUUGAGAGCCAGCCUUCGCUGUUUGACGAGUACCAUGAUGGGUUCAGGUCCCAAGUUCAGUCAUGGCCGGAGAACCCUGUUGAUGUGUUUGUCAACCAGAUCAAGGAGAGGGCGCAGAGACCUGUGAAUGCACCAGGUGGAUUACCAGGACAUAAGGACAAGAAAGUCGUUGUGGCUGAUAUGGGGUGUGGUGAGGCUCAAUUGGCUCUUGAUGUUGAGAAGUUCCUCAAACAGGUGAAGACGAAGAAAGGCGCUAAAAAGUUCACCAAGAACUUGGAUAUUGAGGUACACAGCUUCGACCUGAAGAAAGGAAACGAGAGAAUCACCGUUGCAGACAUCAGAAACGUCCCUCUGGAGGAUAACUCGUGUAACAUUGUGAUCUUUUGUCUCGCAUUGAUGGGAACGAACUUUCUUGAUUUCAUCACCGAAGCCUAUAGAAUCUUGGCACCAAGAGGAGAGCUAUGGAUCGCAGAGAUCAAGUCCCGAUUUGGCGAAAAGGAUGGCAAAGGUGACGAGUUUGUCGAGACCCUAAAGCUCAUGGGAUUCUUCCAUAAGAAGACGGAUGACGACAACAAGAUGUUCACCAGAUUUGAGUUCUUCAAGCCACCACCAGACAUCCUCGCAGAGAGAAGAGCCAAACUCGAACGAAAGCAGAAGUUUGUGGAGCAGGAAGAUGACAAGGAGAGGCUUGAGAAGAAGAGACAGAAGGUCCCAGAGGGCAAAUGGUUGCUGAAACCGUGUAUUUAUAAGAGAAGA